AUGGACGACUUCAAGGGAGUAUUCUCAGCAAGAAAUGAUCCACUCAAAUUGAACCAAAUGAAAGAGUGGAUGCUGAAAAGUAAGGCGGAAAACCUUAUACCAAGCUAUGAUCAAGCUAAAAGCCAAUUGGUGACCAAUUUGAAGGAGAUAAAAGUCGCAGCAAGCUCAAUACAGCGAGGAGACACGAAAGGUGGAUUAGAAAUGGCUCUUGACGAAUCUAGUUUGUCAAUACAAUCUACCACAGUAGUAAAAGAAGUCACAGUGACUCAUUCAGUUACGGAGACAAUAACUCGAUUCAUGACAAACGUAGAAACUUCAACAGAGACUUAUCACGAUGUCGUAACUCAUACUACAGUUGAAACUUCGAGAAGCACUGACGCUAGUGAGCUUCUAGAAGUAUUUGGUUCAACAGGAAAGGAUGUAUUAAACAGUAAGAAUCCCUCUCAUAAACUUUCAAUUAACCCGCAGUUCAGUUAUCAUUCGAAGGAGGGCUACCAGGAAGGGAAUUCGUAUUCUAAACCCAAAAUAUCACCAUUGUCACUGGUUCGUGAGUUUGUCAGUAGUGAUAAGUUGGUUGGUAAAGCAUUCGGUAUAAAUGAUGGCGAUGUAGAAGUUUUAGGUGAGGACAAAGCUGAAGGCAAAGUUGAUGGUGAAGACAAAAAUGAAGGCGACGCUGUUGCUAGUACUGAUGUCGUUGAUGGAACAGACACUGGAGUAGAUGCUACUAGAGAUGCCGGCCCUCUCAGUGAAUUUGAAGGUAGCGUCACAGAGAGCAGUACCGGUACCAACGAAGAUGAUGAUAACUACACGCUGGACCAUAUUAAUAAUACCGAAGAUAGAAGCAACUUGCAAUCCAGUCGUCAAAAGACCAAUGUCAAUGCAACUAGUGCAAAAACAAGCAUGGUAUCCUUUAGUUUAACUGCGUAUACCAACAGCACCGUCACCACCACGUCAAGAGUACCUUCAAGGUGGAGAGCGGUCAGUUUAGCUUCAACAGACGAAAGCGAUACAGGAAGGCACUUGAGGAAGAUUAAACUGAACAGAAGGAAUCAUACCCGGCCCGAGUUCCAUUUAUUUAGAAUCAACAACGAAUCCAGCCAAAAGAGCAUCAACGUCACAUCUCUAUUUGCAGCCUUUAUAUUAGCCAUCUUUACUGUUUUGCUAUUAUAA